UCUAUGAACCAAACGAAUCAAAUCCGACGAGCGAGCGUGCCAGGGUCUGCGCCGGCUGGCCGGCCGCCAUGCUCACGCUCGUCCCGUGGCCGGCCGAGCGACGGCGAGCCCCCAUGGCAGGGGAGACAGCGGAGCUCCUCAACGCGUGGUACCGGGGCCGGCGGGGACCCCCAAAAUGGAGCCAUGGUGGUGCUCGGCAGCGGCCGCGGCUGGUGCGACGAGGAAGAGAUGGUGCUCGCUUGCCUCGAGCUGCUUUUGCCGGCGUCCACCCGAAGCUGCUACCGGCGACUUCCGGUGACACCUCCGAAAGCUGAUGUUCGUGAGCUCCUGCCGCCGGCCACCUCUUCAAUAUGCUGCUCCCGGCUACAUCCCCAACUAGCUACUGUCGGCAAACAAACAUUUCCUAGGCAUCUUGGUGUACUACACAAAGGCAAGACGAUGGGAGCCCUGUUCAGUCAAUUUUGUGCCAUGGAUUGUGGGUGUCGCUCAAGGGAAAUAGGGAAAAUAAUGAUGGAAAAGGAGGGGAGUUCAGGGGAGAGGAAUGUGUUACAUGGAUCGUGGAUUCGGGAUUCCCUUCAUGGUCGCCCAUCAUGGCUGCGGCACUCGUUGACCGGCUGUUGGCGCCGGCGGCAAUCCUGCUCAGAUCCUCUGUUUAUGGUGCCCCUGUCUCUCGGACGUUGUACAUGGAACGACUUAUGCCCACGACUGAUUUGGUUGAUCGGUUAACUGGGUGUGGAUUUGAUCUGUUUGGUUGAUGGAUUCAUUCCAGUCACGUGAGUUUCAGCCAUAUGGGUACAUGUACUGUAUUACCCAACGUAUUCUGGAGUAAAAAAAGUUAAAAGAUCUGUAAAGGGAGGAAUAUGGCAAAUUAUAAAGAAAUUGGUGUAAUGUGUGGCAAAUAGUAAAAGCCCAAGUAAUGUGUGGCAAAUUAUAGAGGUUCUAAGAGCA